AUGGAACGUGGACGGCACACAUAUGAGUGGAGAAACUGCAGCUGCGGCCGACGUGGUCGCAUCUGCGUCUGUGCGCCCCGCAACAGCAUGGACCCAAUGCUGAUUCAUGUGAUGAACGAAUCGAGGCGCUUGCGCGUCAUAGACGAGCUGCGUGCCGAGCUGGACAAGGAUCUGCUGGGCGUCGAUGCCAAAUGGGUGCUAUUCGGCAUGGCCAUACAGAGCUAUCGCUACGAGCAGCUGCUGGUGCCGUAUCCGCCAGCGUAUUGUACACCCGCCGGCUUCAACAUCAAUUCGCUGAGCUAUGUGGCCGGCACCAUGUCGGAGCUGGCCAGCUUUCAGCGCCGUCUGCUGCAGAAUGUGCUGCCGCCGGAGCAGGUGGAGCUGCUCCACUGGCUGCUCAUACAGAGCGGCACGCCUCAGUUGCGUCAGCUGCAGCGCAACGAUCAGUUGCUGCUGUGGCGCCAGCUGGAGCAAAAGCCAGAGCCACGGCCACAUUUGGUGUUUCGAGUACAGCAGCGCAAUCAGGAUUCGGAGCCAGUCGAGCCACUGGACGUGACCAAUUGCGUUUACUUUUGCGGCGACAUGGAGGAGCUGUAUGCGCUGAUUGCCGCCGGCAGUCAUGAUAUCAGCAGCUCGGAGCUGGAGUUUUACGAUGAUCUGGAGCAGGCAUGCAGCAUGGCUGAAUGGUGUCCCGGCUGGGGCUAUUCCAUAUGCGGCACUCUGCUGCGCAGCAUCGCCGUUUGCCAACUGCGCCAGGCAUCGCCAGAGCUGCCCCAGCUGCUGCAGGUGCGCUAUCUGCUCAUCUAUAGCAUGAACUAUACACAAAAGAUGCAGGGGUAUCUGCUGGCACGCAUGUGCUGGGGCAUGCCACGCGCCUACCACUCGUCGUGUAGGCAUUUUCAGAGCUUGUUGCUCGUUGAAGCGCGAAUGAGCAUUUAA